AUGGUUCAAAAAUCUCGACCUAAAUCACCAGUUGUUUCAAAAGAUAAAAAGGAAAUGAUUUCUCCAAUCCGUAUUCUGAAAAGAGGUGAAUCGUUGAAGUCGGAGGAUAAGCCGAAAUCGAUUUUCGGGAUUGGCGAAUCCUCUAAGACUAGCAAGACUUCAAAGUUUUAUCCCAAGAUGAAAAUUUUUGAAAAUCAGUCGUGGAUCGUGAAAUCAAAACCGUUAGUUGAGAUCAAGAAAAUGGUGAACGUUUUAAAAAAUGAUUCAAAUCUUUUUAAAGAUGAUGUGGUUGAUUUUGAAAAUGAAAUUGAUAAGUUUCUUGAUGAAUUUCCUCCAAUAACCAGCAAAAAUAAAACAGUUGUAAAAAAAGAGAUUCCAAAUGGGCUGCCCAAGUCAAUUCUAUCAAGAUGGAUUACGGACAUUGGAGCAUCACGACAUAUGACUGGGUCUUUAGCUCUUCUUUAUGAUGUUAAGUCGAUCAAUGGAAGCUAUGUUGGGUUCGUAGGGAAUCAAGGAGGAAGAAUUGUCGGUCAAGGAACGCUUACAAACGGAGUAAUCUCAUUUGACAAAGUGAAUUUUAUCGUAGAGUUAACGAACAACUUACUAAGGGAAGCAGACUCGAAAGUCACAUCCACCGAAGAUGCUCAACUCUAUCAGGUUACCUCUUGA